GGCGGCUGAGAAUCGUGGCGGCUGCUGAGCCGGCAGCGCAGGCGGACGGAGCAGAGCUGCCCGGCCCGGUGACGGGCGAUGCCCCCGUGAGCUUCUCUCGCCGCCCCUCCCCGCCCCGCGCCCCUACCUCAUUGGAGUCCACCGCCCGCCCGCGACCGGGCCGCGCCUACCACCGGGUCCGCGGGGCGGGGUCCAGGGGCAGCACCUGCCCCGCCUUGCAGAGCCGCCUCGGUCAACGGAGACCCCUCCCUAUCUGGCCCCUGGCCCCACCCCAGAGUCUUAUCACAUCACCUCCUCCUGGGAGCUACCCUGAUUGCCUUCACCUCCUUUCUUGGAAACUGGUGUUUCAGAAGUUACCAGAAGCCUGUGUCAAUGCCCUAGGGGAGUGCAGUUGGGAGGGGCACAGCCCCCUGUGAUGCGGAGCACCACGUGCAGAUUCAUCAGUUCGAGUCGCCUGAGGCCCUGCCGCCCCUUCGGACCAUGUUUAACGCGGAGCCAGGCUCGGCCUCGGCCGCAGGCGCCAGGAAUGUGGUUCGGAGCUCCAGCAUCAGUGGUGAAAUCUGCGGAUCUCAGCAGGCGGGGGGCGGGGCCGGGACCACCACGGCCAAGAAGCGGCGCAGCAGCCUGGGUGCAAAGAUGGUGGCCAUCGUGGGCCUGACCCAGUGGAGCAAGAGCGCACUGCAGCUCCCGCAGCCUGAAGGGGCCACCAAGAAGCUGCGCAGCAACAUCCGGCGGAGCACAGAGACGGGCAUCGCCGUGGAGAUGCGGAGUAGGGUCACGCGCCAGGGCAGCCGGGAGUCCACCGACGGGAGCACCAACAGCAACAGCUCGGACGGCACGUUCAUCUUCCCUACCACCCGGCUCGGGGCCGAGAGCCAGUUCAGCGAUUUCCUGGAUGGGCUGGGACCAGCCCAGAUUGUGGGGCGACAGACACUGGCAACUCCACCAAUGGGGGACGUGCAUGUUGCUAUCAUGGACCGGAGUGGCCAGCUGGAGGUGGAAGUGAUCGAGGCUCGGGGCCUGACCCCCAAACCUGGUUCCAAAUCCCUCCCAGCCACCUAUAUCAAGGUUUACCUGCUUGAGAAUGGGGCCUGCUUGGCCAAGAAGAAGACAAAGGUGGCCAAGAAGACCUGUGACCCCCGGUACCAGCAGGCUCUGCUCUUUGACGAGGGGCCGCAGGGCAAGGUACUGCAGGUGAUCGUCUGGGGAGACUACGGCCGCAUGGACCACAAGUGCUUCAUGGGCAUGGCCCAGAUCAUGCUGGACGAGCUGGACCUGAGUGCCGCCGUCACCGGCUGGUACAAACUCUUCCCCACGUCCUCCGUGGCAGACUCCACACUCGGAUCCCUCACCAGGCGCCUCUCCCAGUCCUCCCUGGAGAGUGCCACCAGCCCCUCGUGCUCCUAAGGACCUCGGAAAGAGGCUGGGGUGCGGUGUGGGAAGGGGUACCUGCUGGCACCCCUCCUCCUCCCCUGUACAUAGUCUCACGUCUUUCUGGCCCCUCGCCCUGCUGCAUGCCUGUUGGCUGCUGGGCGCGUCCCAGCUGGCAGUGGAGAGUGUAGUCUGUGUGUGUGUGUGUGUGUGUUUGUGUGCGUGUCCGUGUGUGACCAUGUUUUAUCCGUUCACUUAUCUGGGUAUAGUCAGUCUUGGUGACCACAUGGGCUGAAAUCCGUGUCCCUCUGUGUCUCGUUGAAAAGAAACCUACGUGUUGUGUGGACAUGACUGCCCCUCAGGCCAGGGAUGGAAGAGGGGGACGCGGCCCUGCCUGGUCCUGUGCCGGGGCAGAGCCCGCCUGUGCCUCUUGGUGGUCCCUGCUGAGUUUCCUGUCUUGUUCUUUGUUCUGCCUUUGCCUCUCCCAGCACUGCUGCUUUUUUUGAGGAAUGUAGCAUCCACUGCAGCUGGCCACCUCGAGGCCCCUCUGGGAACCGUGACGCCCCUCCUCCCACCCAGCACUCUGGCAGCUUUCCCCACCGAGUGCCCCUGCAGCAUGAGGCAUGCCCAUCUAGUGCCCUGGCCAGGGCCCAGGGAGCAAAGAUGCCCAGGGAGCUGAGGGCUUGGAGACCGCUUCCUCCCUUGAACUGGAGCCACCUCCUUCCUACAAGCAAAACAGGAGGAGGUCUUAGUUCCCAGGGUUGCUGGCCAGAUACCUUAGAGGGAAGUUCCGCUACCUCCCUUAGCACUGCCCUUCACCUCUUACCUCCCUCCACGCCAGCUCACCUCCGACAUGCCAAAGGAGCCCUCCCAGUGGACCCCCGGAGGUGUGGGUGGAGCGUCUUGGCAUCCAGGAGGAGGCCCUCAGAGGGGAUGUAAUCUGCCAAAGCAGACAGUCCUCCCCAGGCUGUGAGGGUGGCCCUGUCCCCAGCAGGGCUCCUCCAGGUAGAGGGAGGCUGUUUGUUGGGAUAAGGAGGUGGGGGCUGACAGGCUCUGAGCCACUACUGAGGAUCCUGUCCGACAUGUGGGGACUAGCUGCCUGAAGUUAACUGUUUGGGGCUCUACUUUUUGUUCACGUCUAGGCCAGGGUUGCUGUCUGGGAGCCUCACGUGAGCCCCAGUGUCCUGGCUCCACAGACAGGCUGGCUCUGGACCCUAGACUGCCACUGUCACCAGCUCUGUACAAGCAAUACUCACCCCUCUCAGCCUCCCUGCCUCCAUGUGCUCCGUCACUGCCCUUUGGAGAGUGGCCUAGGCACCCGUCCUGCCCUGCUUUCAUUCCACCCACCCAGUUGGAGCGUCCCAAAGCCACUCAGACUCUGACUUGAUCUGACAGCUGGGCCCUGUGUGUGGGGACCAGUGCCUGGACCCUGUGAGGUGUCUGCUGGGAACCCUGGAGUCUGGCUCAGGAAUGCUUAAGUCUGUCCCUUUCCCCACCUCAGGUCCAGGGUGAAAGGUGAGAGGUAGCCCAGGAGAUGGACACAGCAGCCCUGGGGUCCAUGCGGUAGGGGGCGAGCUCUGUCUCUUCCCCAGGCGUGGUCAUCCCCAGCGCUGCAGUGACUCUAACCAGGACACCCGCCCGAGGGGCUACCCAGGGACAGCGCAGAGUCUCAGAGCUGGAGUGCUCGAGCCAUCUGUGACCGAAGCGGGACAGGCCUGGAGGGGGGCUGUGAGAGGGGCAGGGGGCGGAGGCUCUGUGGAGACACAGCCACCGCCGCCAGGGGGCCUCUUUUUGGGGCAGGAUCCACAUUAGUCUGAAGCCGGAGGCCAGUGCCUUUCCUCCAAAGGGGCAGAAACCGGGACCCCAUCGGUCCUGCCCACAGACAAAGAGUAGGUGAUACAAUGAGCUUCUGGGCUUCUGGGCUUCCGUCUCCUGCCCGAGCCUCCGCUCUUGUAUCAAAGAUGAGAAACGUCGUAUGCGCAGAAGAGAGGGAGGAGGCCACAGGCCCUUUUCUCUUUCUGCAGAAAUCCUCUCCCAUCGUGGUGGCUGGCUGGUGCGCGCAUUUCUCGUGUUUCUCGAGUGAAGCAAAGGGCUCCGUGCUCUCGGGUCUGGGGGUGGGGAGGGGGAGGCACCUUGCUCACAGAAGGGUGUUUUUAUGUCCUGUCCGCGAUGCGUCCACCUCCAGAGAGGUCACCCUCGGGAGGGUGUGAAAAUACACCCGGGGCGGUGGGAUUAUUCGUGAUAGUGCAGACAUCAGCUGGUGUAGCACCAAAUGGUGAUCCAUGCAGCCACACCCGGGUUGGGGGAGGAUAUCACCUCAUUUCUCAAGGGCCCAGAGAGACCAUGAGAGAAGGUGGGAGCUGCCCGCAGAGAGGCUGCCGCUGGGUAGCUGGAGGCCAGUGCCCCUUGCCUGGGGCAUGAGGGAGGCUGGUUAGCACGGGGAAGUUCCAGCCAGAGGCAGGGCGUCCUGGGUUGCUAACUGAGUCUGAGCUGCCUACAGUCCCCAACGGCCGAAGCUGCCCAGGGGUUGGGCUACUCCACAAUUCCACCUCUAAUGGGAAGUCAUUUCCCCGCAAGUUGACCUUGGGAAUUAGUCUAUUUAACCCUUUGCACCAAAUAAGUUACUAAUCCCCACUGGAUUUCCCCCCAUGAGGGUGAAGUUGUGUGAGGCUGACGUAUGUGUGUGAUGGUGACUGGCUGGAGGUGAGGGUCUGUCCUCAGCAUCCCGGGUGCAGGGGCCUGCCUGAGAGGCCGCUCUGGCGUCCCCCUGUCCCAGAAGAGGAGGGGGCUCCGGUGUCACCCCUGGCCAUCUCUGGGGUGAGGAGCAUCUCUCCUUCAAGGAGGGGAUGGUGGGGGAGGAAGGAAUGUGACCUCCCAGAGUUCUCCCUGAUCUGGGACCCAAUUCACUGCCAGGGACAGUAUCUGGUCCAAACGCCCCCACAGCCCAGGUGGAACCCGGAGCUGAUUACAGACCGGGGCUCUGUUGUUCCAUCUUCCUGCUCCGGCAGGGUUCGUGGAAGAUACGGCAGAGACAGAAAUGGCCCUGCAGCAAUGCUGGGCUGUGGGCAGGCCCCGUGACAAUGAUUCAGAGCAUCUGUCUUCACAUUUCUCCUCUGUUCGAUCUGUCCCACUUCCUUCGUAGACUGCUUCCCUACAGGGAAGUCUGUGAUGGGCCUUCGGUAUGAAUCAGGCUCUACUAAAUGGGCCAGGUCUCAGUUUGACAAGGGGGAUGUGAUCCUUCAGGGACGAACCAUCUCCAGAACUGCUCCCCAUGCCGUCUCCGCCACCCCCCAGCUCUCCUAGGGAAGGAACACUUUGAGGCUUUCGGAAUGCGGCAAGUCCCAGGCGUGGCCAGGACUGGCCGAGGCAGAACCUAGGAGCUGCAGAGAGGGAGCACCUGUGUACCUCAUCACUCGUGGGAUCACUGCCCCUUGCAGCGCUGAGGUCCAGCCCCUUCUCCCAGGGUCAUGACGCCCACCGGGGCAGGCAUGCCUGAGCUCUUCUUCACUGCCAGCCUUGAGGAGAGCAGAAGCGCCCCCUUUUAAAGAUGACAGGACACUCCAAGAGUACUUCCUUGGAAAUAAAAUGUAGCACAACUCAGACUGCGUUACAGGAGCCCUGACACCCAACCAGGGUUCUUGCUCUUCGCCUCGCUGCCCAGGAGACCUGUGCUCCUCCCCCCCUACUCCCUCCCAGGCCUCCACAGCUUCUAAUACCUCUGAUCCCCCAUCUUCCUCUGCCCAGAAAGUAGCAGGACUUUAGUAAAGCUGCUGUUCUCUUUCUCUGAUUGCUCCCCGCACUGUGCAAACUCUGCAAAAAAUUGCUGCCUUUGUUUGAUAUUGUAAUGAGUUGUCCUUCACCUGGGUGGAGAGAGAUGGCACGUCAUUCAAGGCCAGGGGUGGUCCUGCAGUAUUUCUGCAGUGGCUGCAAGGAGAUGGAAAAGACGCAGCCCACUGCCCUGCCGACCCCUAUCUUUCUCUUCCUCUCCUCAGUGUUUUCUCCACUAUCCUGACAUGUAAAGAGGGUCUUUAACAUGCUGCUUCCGGUACUGCAUCAUCUUUCACCGGAUGAUGGGGCAGGGGGGAUGGGAAUGUGGACUGUUGUCCCCCGCCUUCUCCCUCUAGUCUGCUUUCACUCAAGUUAGAAGAGAUUGACUGGGGCAAAACGGAGCAAUCACUAUUCAAGGGCAGGGGAGUGCCUCCUGACCAGGCGAGGCCUGAUGGGGGCUGGAUUGACCUGGUCCGGCCGAGAAAGGGUCAUUCUGAAAGCGUGCCUGAGCAUCUCAGAGCAAUGUCAGUGAUGCCAAAGAGAGCAACUUGGCCUCCUUGGGCACCGGCUCCAUGUAGGCCUGCCCGAAGGUAGGGCCUUGUUCUCUGACAAAGGGCUUAAUCUUUCCAUGUAGCAAAGCAAAUCCCCCUCCCCCCAACCCUGACCUUGGGCUUUUGUGGGCCCAGCGUGGCUGUGCCUGUGAGGGAAACACACCAGAGAGAGAAACUGGCAUUCUCUCAGGGGCCUAGACAGGCCAGUGGGGAGCGGGGAGUGCUCACUGAAAAGCAUAACUGCUUUGGCAAAACCUCCCAAUGCUCUGGUUGGCAACUUGGCCAGUGAGGACGGGAUCUUGGGCUUCCGGAGGAGCUCACCCCAACGCCAGGAAGGGCCCCUGGGACUGAGUUCCAGAGAGCUUUGCUAGCAGAAAUGAGCCCUGGGAGUCCCAAGGGCAACAGAGCAUCGACCCCGUUGGUCCAUGGUCUGGACAGCUGGAGAUGGACCGUCAAAGGCUGUUACAUAAAGUUUGCCAGAAACAGUGCCCGUGUGCAAGACUCCUCACUCUUCUGCCUCUGCUUUCUCAGCUGCAAAGUCAGCGCAUUUGCUAGUGGUUCCAUGGUUCCCUCCAGGUUUUAAAAGUCUGAUCUGGAGCUGAUGAGGAUUGUGAGCCUGGCGCACCUGGCACCCGGCUCCAUGGGCUGGUUUCCUCCAGCCCUGGGUGCCCACACUGGGUGCAGGUCCUCAUCCGUCCACGCCCAGUGCUGCUUCUGACAAGAGCUCUCGAAUCCUAGCAAAUGCUCCCACCUCUUUGUGGUUUACUCUGAUUCUUGUGUCCUGAUGAGAAAUAAUUAAGAAGUGUCUACAGUGGACAAUUUUCAAGGUGCUGAUGUGAUGUUACAACCUCAGCUGCAUCCUGUGUAGGUCAGUAUCCCCACCAGCAGGCGAGGCUGGGCCAGUCCUCACUGCUGCUUCUAGAAUGACGACAGUGGGAAAGUUGAACAUUGGAGAAUUUUAGAGGAAAUGCUCUCUGAUGCAUGGAGGGAGGGAAUUUAUUUCCCAUUAAAGUAUUUUGCUUCUUAAAACCACUCCUCCCUCCAGAAUGCUUUUUAGCAGACACCAUCUCAGCAGGCAGAGUGGCUGCUUCCAUAGCAAAAGUUGGCCUGAUUGUUCUAUCCACUCCUUUAGAAUAUAAAUUCGCAGGAGGCAGGAACCCUUUUUUAGAAUAUCCAAAUGCAUCCUGCAAAAACGGAGAUAGCUGAUAGGGACUGACAAGCACACUGUUUAGGUAAGAAGCAAUUAGCUUUUUAUAUCUGUGCUCUAUACAUUUUCUGUGUGCAGCGUCUUUCCAAACUGGUUGUGGCUCCUGGGGGGCAGGUGGACAGCUGGGAAGGACUUGCUGGCCGUUCGUACAACGUUCUUGCCAAUUCCCUUGAGGAGAAAAAUUCUUCACAUGGCUUCUGCAUGUACAGUAUUUGAGCAGCAAAAAAAAAAAAAGAUUAAAGUCAGUUUGA